CUUCAACUAAAUAUCAUGGACACCUCUGCCACCCAAUUCGCCCUACCACUCCAAGGCAAAUUAGCCAUCGUGACGGGCGCAUCCCGCGGCAUCGGUGCCGGAUUAGCAUACGAACUUGCACGCCGCGGGGCCAAUGUCUGCAUGACCUAUCUCUCCGACAGCAGCAAACCCGCCAUCGACGACCUCCGCACCAAAAUCACCCAACUCCCCCACGCCCCCACAACCUGGGCCUGCCAAACCGACCUCUCCUCCCCCACCGGCGCAUCACAAAUCAUCACCCACCUCAAAACCCAACUCCACCCCACCCCCCUCAAAAUCGACAUCCUAAUCAACAACGCGGGCAUCGAGAUCGUCAACCCCAUCCAAGACACCACCCUGGACGACUACGACAAAGUCUUCAACCUCAACGUCCGCGGCACCAUGCUCAUGACCCAAGCCGUCAUCCCCUACCUACCGCCCAAAGGCCGCAUCAUUAACCUCAGCUCAGUCGGUGCGAGAUACGGCUUCAAGAACAUCAGUUUAUAUAUUGCGUCCAAGGCGGCGAUUGAAGGUUUUACGCGCGCGUGGGCUGCGGAGCUAGGCGCGAAUGGCACGACAGUGAAUGCGGUGGCACCGGGCCCGGUCCCGAGUGAUUUGUUGGAUCGGAUUCCGAAGGAGAUUGUGGAGUUGCAGAUGGCCACGACGCCGAUUGAGCAAAGGUUGGGGACGACGGGGGAGGUCGCGAAUAUUGUGGCUUGGUUGGCGGGGCCGGAUGCGUCGUGGGUUACUGGGCAGGUCAUUUGUGCGAGUGGGGGGUGGGUUAUGUAUUGA